UUUCUAUUUAUUUAUUUUGGCGACAGAGAGUAAACAUUAAUGACUAUAAUAAAAAAUUUUAUAACAUUAGAUUCUAUUAAACUGCCCUCAAACUAAAGGGACCGAAAGUAUAAAUAUAGUCUGCAAAAGUAAACACAUUAAAAAGACGAAAGAAGAAUCUUGAAAAUCAAAGAGGAGGAGCAGCAAUGGCGGAUUAUCAUUUUGUGUACAAAGAUGUGGAAGGAGCUUCAACGCAAUGGGACGAUAUUCAAAGAAAAUUGGGAAAUCUUCCUCCAAAAGAACCUGCUUUUAAGCCGCCUCCUUUCACCCCCGCUGAGGACCCAGAUUCCAAGCCCAAAGACAAGUCUUGGAUUGAUGACAAAACUGAAGAAGAACUGGACGACCUCGAAGAUGAGCUUGAUGAUGAUCGUUUUCUGGAAGAAUACAGGAGGAAGAGGCUGGCGGAAAUGAGAGAAGCUGCCAAGAUUGCAAGGUUUGGAUCGGUGAUUACAAUUUCUGGAUCUGAUUUUGUGCGUGAGGUUUCACAAGCACCAGAAGAUGUCUGGGUGGUUGUCAUAUUAUAUAAGGAUGGACAUGCGGAGUGUGAGCUUCUUUUACAAUGCUUGGAAGAACUGGCCCGAAGAUACUCUGCAACAAAGUUUGUUAAGAUCAUAUCUACUGAGUGUAUUCCUAACUACCCUGAUCAAAAUAUUCCAACCCUUUUGGUGUACAACAAUAGUGCAGUCAAGGCCAAUUAUGUGGGACUUCGUAGUUUUGGUCGCAGAUGCACCCCUGAAGGUGUCGCGUUGGUCCUCUGUCAAUCGGGUCCAGUACUGAAUGAUGGUCAGGGUGGAGGUGAGCAUUCUAAGGAUGUUCUUGACGGCGUCAGGAAGAGGUUCAUAGAGAAGGUUGUUGCAGAUCGUGAAGAAAAUGAUGACGAUUAUUCAAGUGAUUAGUCGAGGACUCUUAUUUCCUUUGUGUUGCCUUAUUUUUCAUCCGGCGUUUCCGUUUAACCAGAUGCAUUUGGUUUGAAGUAAUCUAUAGAUUAGCUGUUGUAUUACAUCACUGGGUGAUUUAGUUUGAUCUGUUUGUUUCGGGCUGUCUUUCAUCAGUCACUUUAUUAUCUUAGGAGGCCAUUCUUGUGCAUUAUGGAUUUGACAGAAUGAUAGAUGAUGGUUGAGUACAUUUUAUUGGUGUACAUCUUUCUAAAUGGUAAUGGAUUCCCCCAUUUCAGCAAUCCCGAGUAGUGAAAUAUGAUGAAGAUGAAAGAUCAGUAUAUCAAUGUGAACUUCUGUUAGUUCUUUGUACCUUGUAGGGAUCAUUUGUCUGAGCUGAUUUGUGAGAUAUAUGAGAUCAGGACAUUUCUUCUUCUUUUUUUUUUACCCCCCUUUUUAGGCGAAGAGCUUUAACAUACAACAUCGGCGU